AUGGCUGGUCUGUAUGUAAAAGCUGUGCCACCUGCGGAUCUGAAUAGGAACACAGAGUGGUUCAUGUACCCUGGUGUUUGGACCACCUAUAUCCUCAUCCUCUUCUUCUCUUGGCUUCUCGUGCUCUCAAUCUUUGGCUGCUCUCCCGGCAUGGCUUGGACCAUAGUCAAUCUCUCUCAUUUUGCGAUCACAUAUCACUUCUUCCACUGGAAGAAAGGAACUCCCUUUGCUGAUGACCAGGGGAUCUACAAUAGACUGACGUGGUGGGAGCAGAUGGAUAGUGGAAAGCAGCUCACUCGCAACAGGAAGUUCUUAACCGUUGUUCCUGUGGUGCUGUACUUGAUAGCCUCGCACACAACGGACUACCAGCAUCCGAUGCUGUUUUUCAACAGUCUUGCAGUCAUUGUGCUGGUCAUAGCAAAAUUCCCCAACAUGCACAAAGUCCGGAUCUUUGGAAUCAAUGGAGAUAAGUGAGUUGCGCUUACAUUUGGGUUGACAUGUUCAAAAGCCAGAACAUUGUUAUCUUAUUCGGAUGGAGAGCUAUAUCGUUGUAUAGAAGUUGGAACUCGAGGGAUAUUAGAAAAUAUAAUGUUUUUUCUUUGUGCUUACGGUGUUUCAAGGUGCCUCCCAGAUGAUGGAAUAAUUGUAUUAUCUUUGUACAGUAGAGAAAUUUUUAUGUAUGUGGGAGAGUCACUGUGCUAUAUGAGCGUAUCAAUUAUUUUGUC